AUGGCCGUCAGUGCGGCCGACAAGACGACCUCUGACGACCAAAUCGCCAUCGAGGGUGGUAAAGACGAACGUGUUGUCAAGUGUCGCUCGGAUGGUAUUCCUCUGGUGCCUCAGCCGAGCGAUGACCCCGAGGAUCCUUUGAACUGGUCUUCGGCCAAGAAGCAUAGUGCGGCGGUGACUCUGGCUCUUAUGUCAUUCGUGCUGAAGUUCACCACUACUCUGAUCGCCCCUGGAGCUCACACCCUGGCUGCACAGUUUGGCACGCCUGCGUCCAAGGCGACAUAUAUCGGCUCUACGCCGACCAUUAUGUUCUCCGUUGCUCCGUUGCUCUGGAUCCCUCUUUCGUCGAGAUACGGACGCCGCCCGAUCACGCUGAUCGGCAAUUUCAUGGCGAUCUGGUUUGCUAUCGGAGUUGCCGAGUCUGAGUCGUACGCCUCGGCAUUGGUCUGCCGGAUCUUCAUGGGCUUCUGCGGUGCGGCAGGUCUUUGCUUGGGCCCAGCCGGUAUUGCAGAUAUGUUCUUCUUACACGAGAAGGGCAGACAUAUGGGUCUCAAUACUGUUCUGCUGGUUUCGGCUCCCUAUGCUGGCGGCGUGGCUGGGGGCGCGGUGCAGUUCAACAAGAGUCUUGGAUGGCGCUGGUCGAUGUAUAUCGCCGCCAUCAUCUAUAGUGGACUCUUUGUUGCGCAGCUCUUGUUGGUUCCUGAGACUCUGUAUCCCCGGCCAGCCGCAGGAGCGCCGGCCCCGAAGAGUACCACCACUGGUACUCUCCGCAAACUGGGCUUCCGGAAGCCUACCUACGCCAAAGACCCCACCUGGCUGGAUCUGUUCAGUCGGCCGGUGGCUAUGUUUGCGUACCCGACUGUGCUGCUUCCUUCGAUCUGGUUCUCGCUGGCUGCCAUGACGGAAGUUGCGAACACGGCGGGCUUCCCACUGAACUUCGGCGAGCACACCAGGUGGAAUUUUAACACGCGGUCGGUCGGGUUCUGCUCCUUUUCGGGUUUCAUUGGAGCGUUGCUAGGCGAGAUCUUUGCUGGCCCUCUUUGUGAUUUCAUCGCCGGAAGAGCACUGGCCAAAAAACGGGCGUGGGUUCCUGAGAAGAUCCUCCCUGUAACAUUCAUCUCACUGGUCACUAUACCGGCUGGCCUACUGCUUUAUGGGCUGGAACUGGAAUACCCUACGGGUUGGGCGGCGGCGUUGACUGGCGUCGCCAUCUUUGCCUUUGGGCAAGAAGUUGCCUUGACAGCCAUCAUGACAUACCUGGUCGACUGCUACCCGCAGCGCGCCUCGGAGUGUUCUGUUGUUUUCCAAUUCUGGCGGAACCUCAUGGCCUUCCACCCACCGUUUUAUGUUCCCCAGUGGAUCGAGUCGGGAGGUGGAGCUAAAGUGCCUUAUAUCGUCUUUGCCUGUCUCGCUGUCGGCCUCUUUCCAUUCGGUGUCGGAACACUUCUCUGGAAGGGCUCGAACUUGAGAGCCAGAGGACCGAUGUUUUCAUUUUCACAUAAGCAAUGA